CGCGCGCCAUCAUGACUUCCGCUGUCAGUGUCGGGAUCAAGAUCAGUAACAGCUGCAGCUGCUUUUCGUUUGGAUCCACGGGUGUUCUUUUUCACGGCACGUGAAAGACGCUCUGCUAGAUCAGUCUCUCGGUUGGUAGAUCUCUUUUGGGGAGAAGCAUCAGUGUCUUCAGCAGGUGUAUGUGUGCCGGUGCUUUCAUGUGCAGGGGUGGGCCCAUCUUCUUGCAGAAUGGUCUCUUCGAGCUGCUGGGGGGUGUUCACAUCAGUCGCAUGCUCUGAACUUGCUCGUUUUCUAAGCGGCUGUUCGGUUUCUGAUUGAUCGGCGGCGGGUGAACGCUUCCGCUUUCGCUCUUGGGCGUCAUUUUUGUGCUCGUCUUCCUCUCCUGCGUUGUGUGCGAUCGCAUGUUUUGUUGGUGAAUCUUCACCGAUUGUGGGGGAGCCAGUAGAAGCAUCGUCGUCGUCUAUUGCAGAUUCGUCCUCGUCGUGGUUGUGCAGGUUGGCGGUCCUGCGUAGCUUGCUGGGAGUGUGUUCGUAGACUUGGCCCCCGUUAAAUUGGUCUACCACGACGUCUCGUUGCCUCUGAUGUUUUGGCGUAUCAUAUAGUCGCUCAGUUUCAGCUUCUGUGACGUUGCCAUCCGAGGGUACGUCGGAGUGGGCGUCAGAGAGGACGCUGUCCGAGUCGGAGGUAGGUGGAGGCUUCUUUCGAGGGCUGCGCCUGACGCUAUCUUCGUCAUCAUGAUCGAGAUUCAUAUGCUCAAUGUCUUCGUCGUUGUCGUCUUUAGUGUCAACCUCACUGAGGGGGCUGGAGAUGUUGCUGUCCUCAUGAUCGGCAACUCCAAGCGCCGGGGAGGAGAGAGGCGGAGGUGCGGAAGCAGUGGCAGCCAUGGCUGCAAAAGAACGCGAUUACGUGUCUAUAUAUUGACUCGCUAAAAUUAUUGGGUUUGCUCGUAUCGUUGGGUGGGAAAGAGUGCUUUGGUCGAUCGCAAGGUCGCGGGAGCGUGCCCGUGGUGACGGGUGACGAGGAAUGGUCGCUAGACAAUCGAGGACACAGGAUCUUGGAGUGGGAGCGUGAAAAGGCGAAUGUGAGCUGAGAAACAACCGAUUGGCUCGAUCUCUGAUCUGCAUGAGAGAUUCCAAAGAGGACUUUGAGGUAAGGAAGAGCUAGGAAACUUGUAUUCGACAAGUUGGGCUGGUGGAGGGGAACAGAGAGUAGAGAGAGGAAUGGGAUGGGUGCGGUGCGGCCUCGGUUUGCGCUGGCUGUCCUGGGCGUCUCUGGGCUUGGGGCGAGCGCCGAAGCGGCCCUGCUGAGAGAAUGACGGGGCCCGUAAAAAGGCGGUCCUUGACGGCAGAAAUGCUCACUGUCAGUGCCACGAGAGCUUAUCCAUUGGCUGAGGUUAUCGAACCAAUGACGAUGUCCCGAGCAAUCUGAUUGUGGGUCUUCCGGACUGAACCUGGGACUUUUUUCUGGCUCAUGUCUUUUUCCGUCGCAGGUCAAAAAGAGUGCACGAGAGUCGACAACUUUUCCAAUUCAGCCCAAACAGUACUGAAUCUUACACAAUGGCAAAACGGUAAGUUGCCAAUCCUUGAUACCUUUACGGAUAAAGACCUAACAAAAAACAGCUCAAAGGGCCUGACAGCUUCUUCCAAGGCGGUGGACCCCACCCUCGACGCUCUUUUUGCGUCCAGUGCUGGUCCUGUCCAGGCUCCCGCUAAGUCAAGAUACUCGACGUUGGUGGAACAAAAGGUUCGGGAACCUCCCAAGCCAAGGGUGCAACUCGAAGAACAAGACGCCGACGAUGAGGUCCUCUCUGAGAUUAGCGAGGAGCUGAGCUUCGAAGAAGAUGGCCCCUCAGACGAGGAAGAGGAUGGAUCCGACGCUUCGGAGCCAGAGGGGGAGAGCGAAGACGAGCAACAGCAAGAGGAAGAAUCUUCAGACGAGCCCAUGAAGGAUACGCCAGUGGAGCUCGAGGACAUUAUUGAUGCGACAGAAGACAAGUCAAACAAGGAUCGAAAACGAAAGAGAAAAAACGAAAACGACGAUCUGGAGGGCAGAUAUCUGGACAAACUUGUUGCGGAGGAGGAAGCUGAGCGCGCCGGUAAGCGACAAAAGAACGACGCUCUGAAUAAGACCGAAAAGGCUGUCGCGGAGGAUGAGGACGCCGGCAACGACAGUGAUAUUCCCGUCCAUGAGACCCUCGCCAAGGACAGCAAAUCAUCAGACCUUGAGAAGGCAGCGCGAACAGUCUUCCUCGCCAACGUGUCCACAGAAGCAAUCAAUUCCAAGGCCGCCAAGAAGACCCUCAUGGCCCAUCUGUCAUCCAUUUUGGAUAAAGAUGCCACUCCUCCGCAGACUAUCGAGUCGCUGCGUUUCCGUUCCGUUGCUUUCGCAGGCGGCUCUCUCCCUAAGCGUGCAGCUUACAUUACUAAGAGCCUGAUGGACGCGACGACCAAGUCCGCCAAUGCAUAUGUCGUGUACUCAACCUCAGCGGCUGCUCGCAAGGCUGCCGCAGAGCUCAAUGGUACCCAGGUCCUCGAAAGGCACCUGAGAGUCGACAGCGUCGCCCACCCCAGUCCCACGGAUCACCGCCGAUGUGUGUUUGUUGGCAACCUCGGAUUUGUUGACGAUGAGACCGUCUUGAACACCAACGCGGAUGGUGACACUACGGAGAAGAAGAAGAACAAGACCCCAUCCGAUGUCGAAGAAGGUCUUUGGCGAACUUUCAGCACUCAGGGCAAGGUUGAAAACGUCCGAGUAGUUCGAGAUUCCAAGACUCGUGUAGGCAAGGGUUUCGCCUAUGUCCAAUUUUAUGUAAGUCCAUGGUUGUCUUACUUCGAUCGGACCAGCUGCUAACAUAUAUUUUCCAGGAUGGCAACGAUGUCGAGGCGGCCUUACUCCUUGAUGGCAAGAAAUUUCCUCCCAUGUUACCGCGUAAGUUGCGAGUCACUCGAGCCAAGGAUCCUCGCAAGACAGCUCUCGCCCAGGAGCGAGCCAGGGGCAAGAACGUCGUUCCUAAUGGCGCCGCCAAGAGCACAAAAUACAAGCACAAGGCUACACCUGAGGAGCAGUCCAUGGCUGGACGUACAAGCAAGCUUCUCGGCCGCUCGGCCGCCGUGCAGCAACGCCACAAGAAGCGCCCCUCAACACAGGGUGCUUCCGAGGAUGCUCAGAACAUUCCGUUCAACAUCAAAGGACCCGAACAGUUUGUUUUUGAAGGCCGUCGUGCUUCAGCUAAGGACGGCACACCCAAAGAUCUCAAACUUGGUAAGAAGGGCAAGGGUAAGGGCAGGUCCAGCAGGCCCCAAAACCGGGGCGCAAGGAGAGCUGCCGAGUGGAAGAAGAAGAGCUGAGCGUUUUAUGGUGAAUAGCACUCAUAUCGCUAGUGGUUGACAUAUGGGAUGUGUGCUCUUUUCAUACGUGAGAUGAGGACGAGGAUGGUGUUGUUAAAAAAGAGGGCCCCACGCCCCGGAAAGUUUGCGAGUGAUUUUUCGGCCUUGGCUGCCCUGGCAAGUUCUGGCCGCUUAGAUGAGAGACGAAGGUACUUGUAUACUUAUCGGGGUGAUGGUGAAAAGUUCAUAGAGUUGCACAGAGUUCACCAGUAUAUGAAGCACUAAUUCUGUCUUAUGUAUUUAAAGCUUACGCACUUUUGUGGUUUUUGUGUUAA